UCAGUCAACAGCCAUGAUAAGUGCCGAGUAGGUUUUAUGAUUCGUAGCAGGUAGGAUAAUAUUAUGUUCUAUCCACUUGCAGCAUAUAAAUAAACAGUUAGACAUUAGAACGGACCCAUUGUAAUAAUUACAGUCCAGCGACACAGUAUUGUAUACAGUUGUCUUUGAUAUCCACUCGUUGACCAUAUUAUUCAAAGGUUUUUUUUGUUACACACUUUCAGCAGAAAAAUGGCUGUGUACAAGCUCACGUACUUCAAUUUUCCUGCACUGGCAGAACCUAUCAGGUUUCUUUUGUCAUAUUUGGAAAUCGAUUUUGAAGACGUUCGGUUCGAACGUGAACAAUGGCCAUCAAUCAAACCCACAAUGCCAUUUGGUAAAGUCCCAAUUUUAGAAAUCGAUGGUAAAGUAUUGAAUCAAUCAGUAGCCAUAAGUCGUUACUUAUCGAAAAAAGCUGGAUUAGCCGGUAGUGAUGAAUGGGAAUCAUUACUGAUCGAUAUCGCUGUUGAUAACGUUAAUGAUUUGAGACAAGCUAUUGCAUUGCCAGUGUUUGAUCCUAAUGAAGAAUCUAAAGCUGAAAAAUAUGUAACUCUUAUUAACGAAACUAUACCGUUGUAUAUGAACAAAUUUGAAAAUACCGUGGGAGAAAAUGAUGGAUACUUUGUAAAUGGAAAGUUGUCCUUGGCUGAUAUACACUUUGUAGCUAUUUUAGAUUUUCUGAGCUUUUUGGCAAAAGUGGAUCUACUAGAGGGACGUCCAAAUUUACAAGCACAUAAAAAAAAAAUAUUUGAUAUACCUCAAAUUAAAUCAUGGAUCGCCAAAAGACCUGCAUUCUCCAUGAAAUUGUGAUGAUUCAAAUGAUAACUAAUUUUGGGACCACUGGUAGUUUCCACGUGGCCCUGAUAAAAUUGAUUUUACCCAAGUGACUUAUGAUAUUAUAAUAUCAGGUGACAAUUAUUGAUUUCGAAAUUUAUUUCUUCUUUACCCAGUAAAUUCAAGAUGCAUACUGGUAACACAAACUGUACGAAGACUUUUAUAAUAAAAUGUAUGUUUUUAAACUUGUUCAUAAUAAUAAUAUAAUAUUACCUACCUAUUUAUAA